AUGGAGAAUUUUUCCGGAAAAAAGAGACCCACCAUCAGUCUCUCACUCUUCACUACCUUCUCUGAGUCAGUUUCCUCUGAUAAGUAUCCCAAUUCAAUCAAAUCUCCUAGAAAUUUCCAAGAGGGUGUGGUUGGACUUGGCAUAGUGGCUGCCAUGACUGAUUUGAGCAACCCCAAUGAAGUGGCUUCGUCUGAAAAGUCACCAAGGUCAAGCCCAAUCCCCAUAGUCUCUGCAGCUAAACCUGCUGCUAAUUUCAGAGGUGGGUUUAAUAUGGAGAGGCCAGGGGUUGUGGUGGAUGAAUUGUCUGAGAGUUAUACUUGUGUGAUUUCUCAUUUUGGGAACAAUUUGACAAGGAAACGUGUUUAUUUUGAUGAUAAGCUUAGUGGAGUUGUUAAUGAUCCUAGUUCUGGUGUUGUGGCCUCUGGGGUGUUCUCUGCUUCACCAGUGAGUGUUGGUGAAGUGGGUAGAGAGUUUUGGGCUUCUGAUUUUCUCAGUUCUUGUUAUCUUUGCAACAAGCAGCUUCAUGGACUGGACAUUUUCAUGUACAGAGGUGAAAAAGCAUUUUGCAGCACUGAGUGCCGCGACAAACACAUUAGAAGCGACGAUCACAAAGAGAAGUGCAGAUCUGAGGCAAUAAAAUCAAUGGAUUACUCUGUGUCACCCUGCUCUAGUCCGCUGGUCUUCUUGGCGGGGGUCGCUGUGGCAUGA